AUGCGACCCUGCCACGCGACGAGAAAACUCAGGCAAUUCUCGCAAUUGGCACCCAUUGGCGAAGACGUGCCGAAGCCGGGACACUGUCCCGCCCGCUUCGCCUUCGGCCCCUGCACCAAGGAAUGCUCCGAGGACGGCGAGUGUCCUGGCGCCAACAAGUGCUGUGACACCGGCUGCGGCUCCGUCUGCUCCACUCCCUUGUUGGCUCCAACGGCUGCGGCCCGCUCGUGCAGGGCGCCUUCCAGCGAGCACAUCUGUCCUAAGGGCACCACAUUCUACAACAAGUGCAACAAGUGCACGUGUGGCGGCGAGGACGAGCCCGUGCGGUGCGAGACCAACAUCUGUACCGAGGAGAAGCCUGGCUUCUGCCCUAACAAGGCGCUGCACUCCAAACUGAGGGGUCGAAGCUGCGGCCCCAAAUGUUACGGCGACGACGACUGCCCAAGAGACUCGAAAUGCUGCGACAUCACCGGAUGCGGACCAAUCUGCGCACCUCCAGCGGAGGACCGGCCGGGCAUCUGCCCAGCGGCAGAGGGCCACGACAGGUGCGGCGACUUCUGCGCCACCGACUCCGACUGCCCGCGGAGCUCCAAGUGCUGCCUCACCGGCUGCGGCAAGAUGUGCAAGGUGGCAGACGAGCCCGGCUUCUGUCCGGCCGUGACGUCCACGCCGAACUGCUUCUACCGGGACAACCAGUGUAUGACGAGCUCGGACUGCGGCGCUGGCCAGAAGUGCUGCGACUCACCCUGUGGCAAGAAGUGCUCCGAGCCAGUCGAUGAAAAGCCUGGCCUGUGCCCCAAUCCAGAGCAGCUGACGUUGGCCGAAGGCAUCUUCUGCAAGAACGAUCAUCAAUGUUCGCAAAACCUGAAGUGCUGUGGAAAUAACAAGGGAGACCAGGGCUGUACCCAACCGACCGAGUACCGCACCACCUGUCGCAAUGUGCGCUGCACGAAGCGCGGAUAUUACUGCGUCGACACGGAUCAUGGUCCAGAGUGCGUCAACAGUGAGUACGCCCGUGGCAUCGCCUUGACCCGCGUGCCGUUUGUGAGCGCACACCAAGGUGGCCACUGUCCUCUCAUCGCGACGGCGCUGCGUCCCUGCAAGACGCCGCGGGUCCUCUGUGAAGGGGACGACGACUGCGAGGGAGGGAACAUCUGCUGUACAGCAGGCUGCGUGAGGAAGUGCGUCAAACCACUGCGCACCGACUGCGCGUCCAUCGGGCACUCCCUCUGCCGCACGGCCGGCUACACCUGCCAGGAUACGCCCAAAGGAGCCGUCUGCGUCGAAGAUGCCGCCUCAUGCGAGCACAAGCACUGUCCAGUCGGCUACAUCUGCCACGACCAGUUUACCAGCGGAGCCCGCUGUGUACGAGAGGUCAAGGCCGGCAGGUGUCCGGCCAUCCAGCCGGGCUCGUACCGGGGUGACUGCAAGGACACGUGCAAGUAUGACUCCGAGUGUCCCAAACAGCAGCGCUGCUGCAACAACGGCUGCGCCAACGCCUGCCUCGAUCCCGACUUCAGGAAGUCGUGCGACGACGUUAACUGUCCGGACGGCUACGCCUGCCUCGAUAAGGACAAGCUGAAGGAUGCCUUCUGUGUCAAUACUACCCAGAAGGACGGUCGGUGCCCGGCGGCGGACUUCUGGAACCCGCGGACCCGCAGCUGCGAGGACCAGUGCGUGUACGACUUCCAGUGCUCCGCGUCUGCGCACCGCCCGACCUGCGUAAAACGCUGCGAGGACCGUGACUGCGAGGAGGGAUACUCCUGCGUCGACGACGGCGUCAGUGACGCGCAGUGCGUUAGCACAGCGCCGCGGCCGGGCCGCUGUCCGGUGGUGGCCCCCAGGGUGCGCUGUCCGGCGGACAGCAGCGACCAGUGCGAGUACGACGAGCAGUGUCCGGAGGGACUCAGGUGCUGCAAUGCCGACGGCUGCGGCAACCGCUGCAUGCCGGCCGACCUGCGCAAGCUCUGCGCCGACCUGACCUGCUCCGAGGGCACCGCGUGCGUCGGCAGCAUCGCCGGCGACGCCCAGUGCUUAUCGACGGCCGAGAAGCCUGGCCUCUGCCCGAGGGUCUCCAGCGACACGCUGCCCCGCGGCGGCUGCAGGAGCUCGUGCCAGUACGACUCGCAGUGCCUUAACGAUUCCAAGUGCUGCUCCAACGGCUGCGCCAGCGUGUGCCGCAGGCCGCGCGCGCCCGACUGCGACACCAUCAAGUGUCGUGUUGGCUUCCGGUGCACCGAAGACCGCGAGGGCAAGCCCUCCUGCACGGCUAUACCCUGCAAGCAGGACGGGGAUAUCAUAGACAUCGAAUGCAACAGCUGCACCUGCAUCAACAAGUUCCUGCUGUGCUCGCAGGAAGAGUGUCCCCCGGUUAAGCCCGGAUUCUGCCCAAAGCUCACCAAAGGAUACAAGGGCAAAUGUGUCGAAGAGUGCACCAGCGACUACAACUGUGAAUCCGACAGCAAGUGCUGUAACACGGGCUGUGGUCAUACCUGUCAGAACUCAGUGCCGGAGGUCGUGCAUCCGUGCCGGACGGUGCGGUUCCGCUGCGGGGAUGAGACCCGGUGCGCGGCAACGCGCGGCCUCUGCCAACCGGGCAAGACGUGCCCUCUCUCGCCACUCUGCGUGAGCCGGACCGCGCCAUUCUGCGAGAGCUGUCCUCCGGGCAAGGUGUGCGUGCUGCAGAAGCAGGCGUGCCCCAGCGGCGGCUGCUACCGACAGCCCAUCUGCGUCCAGCUGUACAGUGACGACACGAUAUUCGAAGAGGAUGAAGAGCUCGAGCUGGCUGUAGUGGCCAAGCAAAACCCCAAGAAGUUCUUCUGAUUUGGCAUCCGCUGAAGCGACGACAUAGCAGAAGACGACGAAGUUUAUUUAUUGAUAGCGAGUGUUUUGGCGGUGUGCGGUGUCAAUGACACGGUUGAAUUAUGCGCUCUCCCGUAGACUGUUGGAUACUGGGCUUUUCGGGUGACUUAGCUUUCUCUGACCUUUGGUCAUCGCACCUGAAUUUACUUUAGUGACGACAGUCCUGCGCCGAAACCUGGUGGUGCUUCAUUUUACGCCUUCAUAGCCGUUUAGAAUCUGGUUCUUUUGCCCAUUGGGCAACGCAGCACUGUUUUCUUUUAUCGGGCAUUGCCAUCGUGGAGACCGAGAGGAAUGCCUGCAAUCGAGGCGGCAAAGUAUUCGCACGAGAGAGUAUGGAAUAAGCUAGCAUAUUAAGGGAAACAUAUUUUAGCUGCUUUGUGAUACGUCAAAAGUCACUAUAGUGAUAUCGUGUGCACUGACUAUUUCUAAUGCCCGCUUGCCGGCGCACUAGAAUGUCAUCCACCGAACAUGUUACCAUUUAAAAAACGUGUUACAAUGCGUGCAUAUAUUUAUCAGUAUCUAGCUCUGGUCACAGCAUAGUGUUUAUAUGUGAAUGUCGCGGCACGGGAGAAUACGCCGAGGAAAAAAGUGAACAAAAGGGAGGCUGUCU